AUGAAUACACUUCUUCAUACAGACAGGGCUUGGCGCUCACACAAACAACGUCAGCGGCAACAACAACACCUCCUCCACGCAUUGUUCAACACAAGCGACACCAUGGCACCAACCCGCCAAAAGAAACCCACCAAAAUCGUCCCCCCACCACCCAGCGAUGAUGAUGAAGAAGAAGAAGAAGAAGCAGAAGAACCUUCUCCAAGCCCUCACAACACCUCUCAAUCCCAGUCGCAGUCGCAAUCACAAGAAGUUCCAAUAGACAUAGAAAAAGCGAAUAAAUUUCUCGAUGAAAUCAAGCAACAGGUAAGACGAGAGCCCAAGUACCAAUUCGCACAAUCAAACAUUCAAUAUCUUCCUUCCUUCCUUCCUUCCUUCCGCCAGCUUACUUUCCCUUUCCUCCAGAACGCAAAACGCAUCCAAAUCCGCUCUCUCGAAAUCGAAAAGUCUCACCACCACCGCCUCCAAAAAAUCCAAAAAAACAUGCAAAUUUCUCGAAAGGCGUAUGAAAAGAAAGUGCGUCUUUUUCUAAUUCUUGAGUACAGUCGUCAUCUCCGGCACCCACACCUCCUCCGUCUUCGGGAAUUGCUGCAAGAAAAGAAAAAUGUGGAGAGGGAGUUGGAGGGGUGUUAUGGGAGGAUUGAACAGGGGUAUAGCGUCACUGCGCAGCAGUUCCAGGUUGCCGUGACUACUGAUAAGAUGGAGGAGGAUGGAUGGAUGUGGUUGAUGAUGGAUGAAAAUAUGUUUUUGCUGUCAAGGAGGAUUGCCGAUACUACCACACGAAAAAAUGCUUGUUCGUUUGAUCUGAUGUGCUGUGAAUUACCUUGGCGAUGUCGAUGUAAUGGCGGUUGUAUUGAAGAUACUGUGCGUACAAGGUACACUUCUUGCCGUCUGAUCGUGAGGACUCUUGUGGGCAGUGCAGUCCAAAUUUUGAUUCUUAUGAAUGGUGUGGUCAAAAUUGAGUCUUUGGUAACGUUGUGGAUUGGUAUUUGA